UUUAUUUUAUCAGGUUAAUUAAAAUUGGAAGAUAACAAAGCUUUUUUUGAUAUAGUUCAAAUGGAAUAAGAAAAUGGAAAUUUAUAAUAAAUAGAAGACAUGAGAGAAGGAUAAAGCAAUAGUUUUGAAGAAUAGUAAGAUUCAUAGUUUGAAGAAAGCGAACAUAAGCUUCCUGAACCUGAAAUUAUAAACUUUCAUACAUAAGACCUAGAAAAAGAAAUAUAACUAUUAUAAUAAAAUGACAAUUAAAAUAAUUAUCAAACAAAUGAACAAAAGCAAAAUGAUAUCUAACAGCCGGAUUCUAAAAAUUAACGUUAAAUUGAAGAUUCUAUGGCUAGUUUUAUGUCUUCUCUUCCUUAGUUAGUGGGUCCACAUAAUUAAUAUAAAGAAUAGCGCAAUCUAAUAGACCAGCAUUGGCUUUUGAAUUCUCAACAAUAAAAUGAAUCUGCUUGGUAGAGUUCUAUUAAUUCAUUUCUUUCCAUAGGAUAGUCAAAAAUGGGAAAUGGAGGGAUUAUCAAUAAGUUUACUCAAAGCUUAAUCUAGAAUUAAUAAAAUGGAGGAAAUCCUCAAUUAAAAGAUAUUGCUAGCAAUUUAAUUCAUUAAUAAUCAAUGUUUUAAGAUAGUGGAUAGCUUGAUUAAUUUAUAAAUAUGUUUGCAUAGGCUAAUUAACAAUUUUAAGUAGGGAAUAAAUUAACAUCUAAAAAUUCUUUUAAGCAAGAUAUAAGCUAAAAUUCUUAAUUGUAAUACGAAGAUGUUAUGAACUAAAAGGUAAAAAAUAAUUUGAAUAAUUUAGGAUUGGAUGUAAUUAGUGAAAUUUAAUCUAUUAAAAAUCCUAUUGGUACGAACAAUAUACUUUCUGAAAUUAAAGAUAGUAGGUUUAGCCAAGAUGUUAGUAGCGAAGUCUUUGUAACUAAUAAAAAUAAUCAAAAUGUUUUCUCUCAUUUUAGAAACUUUUGCAAAAAUGAGAAUAGUUUAACUUUAAUCCGCAACAGCAGUAAUUUUGAUAAUAAAUUAAAUGAUUAAAUUUCACCUCAAAGUAAUUUAAAAUUGUCUAAUAACUCAUAGCUGUCAUCUUUAAAAAGUUUAACAAAUUCGCAUAAGGUUGUUGGAUAAAAUUCUCAAAAAAAUGUUUAAAAAUAAAAGUUAUUUAAUUUUUUUGAGCAAGUACCUAAAGCAAUUUCAGAGAAAAUAGAAUAAAAAAACUAACUCUUUAAAGACAAAAUGUUAGAAAAGUAAAAUUCAAUUGGUUCUCAAUUUAGAAAGAUAUUUCACAAGUUGAUUGAUAAAAAUAAAGAUUAAAAUGAUAGCUCUUUAAGUAAGGUAUAGAAUUCUUAUGGAUAAAAAAAAUAAGAUGCAUGCAGCAACAAUAACGGAAUUAUCUAUUCAAAUAGAUAAAGCUCUAAGAAUACUUAAAAUGUCAAUAAAAUUUAAGAACAAAAAUAAUUUUAGCUUCCAACUAUCAAUAUCAAAUCGAUAAAUACAAUAAAUAGCUAAGUUCUGCCUAUUUAAUCAUAGGUUUUAACUUAAACAGGCUCUACUAAGUCAAUUAAAUAAUAAAAGAAAGGUGAUAAUUUAAUCUAAGCUUCUUAGAAAAUCAGUGAUCAGUAGGAUCAAUUGAAAACAAAUUAGCAGUAGUAGAGUGAGUCUAAUAUACUGAAGGUCAACUUGUUAUCUGUAAAUCAAAAAAUAAGUUUAAAUAACUCUGCUGACUUUCUAUUAGACUCAUAUAGUUCCUAAACUAAAAAUUAAUAAAAUGACUAAAAUAAAUAAAAAAAUUAUUUAGAUAUUGAUUAGUUUGGCAGUCAAACAAAUGCUUAAAGUGAGGCGAAACACAGUAUCCUUAGUUAAUCAAAAUAAACAAUUUAAAAUUUUAAUAGUAAUCGUAAAAGAAAUUCUUUUAAUUUAGAAUUUUAAUAGUCAGAUUGCUAAAGAGAAAAUAAUUAAAAUUAUUAAAUAUUUUUAAAAAACUAAGAAAAUGAAGAAUUUAAUCUUUCUAAUACAUAAAUUAACUUGAAAUUAUUUAAUACCAAUUUAAAGAAGUUAAAAUAUAGAUCUAAUACUUAAAAUAAAGAUAGAAAUAAAGACCAUUUACCAGAAUUAACGAACUCGAAGUAUUACUCUUUAGCUCAAGAAAAACGGGCUGAAAGAAAAUAAAAAAACAUUAUGAAUUAUGAUCAACCCAAUAUAAUGAAGAAACUCAUAAAAAUAAGAACUAAUAAGCAAGAUAACAACAAUAUUUAAAAUUCUACUAUUAUCUCAAAUCUAAAUAAUAGUCUCAUCGCUGCAAAAAAGAUAAAUCUAGAAUAGAAUAAUUAUAAGUUAGAAAAUCUUUUGAGCGAACACAUUCAUUUGAAAGAGUUUGAUGAUUCAAUCAUGCAAGAUCCUAAUAGCUAUUCACAUCAGAGAAUCAAUAAAUUUGCUAAUCAAAAUUUGUUAACAGGUGUACCAAACUAAAGAAAUCUUUUAUACCAAUCUAUCUCUCCGAUUUUGAACACAAAUAAAAAGUUAUCUCCUUAAACAUAAACAAAUAGUAAAGUCAUUAAAAUAAGUAUUUAGUAAAAUCUACCUGAAGAAUAUUCUAAAAAUUAGUUAUAAAGUUAAAACCUAAAUAUGAAUUAUCUGUAAAGUAAAGAUAUCUCAUUUAGACAAGAAUAAAAUAAAAAAACCAAAAAAAGGAAGAUUGUCAACAGUCUUUAAAUCCCUGUUUAAAAUUAAUAGCUAUAAUCAUUCUAUUUCUAAUAGCAACCACAUUUAGGUUAAUUUUAAAGUCAAUAUGUAAAACAUAAUAAUCUUGGACACAGUCAAAUUAGAUCUUAGUCUAAUUAAUAAUCAGAUAUGCCCUAAUAAAAUAAUGUAAUGCAUACAAUUUUAAAUACAUAAACAUCUAUUUCAGCCCCUGAUGUUUUUAUGGUAAAAAAAGCAAAUAUAUAUAAUAGACAAAAUAAUUGA